AUGAGUGCAGAAUGCGGCGUGCGGCUGGCGGCGGCCGGGUACGGCGUGUUCGGGAUGGACUACGAGGUCACGGCAAGUCCAUGGGCGCGCGCUGCUACAUCCGCAGCUUCCGCCGCCUCGUCGACGACUGCAGCCAUUUCUUCAAGUCCAUCUGCGGUGGGUGAGCCUGAGCAGCUUGAGGAGUACCGGGGCAAGAGCCGGUUCCUGUACGGCGAGUCCAUGGGCGGCGCGGUGGCGCUGCUGCUGCACAGGAAGGACCCCGCCUUCUGGGACGGUGCCGUCCUCGUCGCGCCGAUGUGCAAGAUAUCAGAGAAGGUGAAGCCGCACCCUGUGGUGAUCACGCUCCUGACGCAGGUGGAGGACGUGAUCCCCAAGUGGAAGAUCGUGCCCACCAAGCAGGACGUCAUCGACGCCGCCUUCAAGGACCCCGUCAAGCGUGAAAAGAUCAGGAGAAACAGGCUGAUCUACCAGGACAAGCCACGGCUCAAGACUGCGCUGGAGAUGCUCAGGACCAGCAUGUACAUAGAAGACAGCUUGUCACAGGUGAAGCUGCCGUUCUUCGUGCUGCACGGCGAGGCCGACACGGUGACGGACGGAGACUGA